GAGCUCUGACUUCUACAGGCCUUCCACACGAGGCGACAUGAAGGGCUCUGCGUCCGAAUCUCCCAGUGCCUCGGUCGCUGAGGCGACCACCACCGACGUGCAAGUGACCCCGACCGCUCUUUUACAGCUGGACAGAGAGCAGAUUAGAAAGGCAGUGGAAGUAAUAUCUAAUCGCUCAAAGUCCAAAAAAAACAAUAAUGAAUUGCUGUUGAGUGGGAGCGAAAAUUUAUUUUUAAUGGUGAUAUUAUGGAAAAUUCCAGAGAAAGAACUUCGGGUCAAAGUACCUUUGCCUCAUAGCAUUCUCUCCGAAUCCUCAGAUGUAUGUCUCUUCACAAAAGAUGAAUUCGAUUCACCUGAACAGACAGAAGGUUUCUAUAAAAAGCUUUUGAAAAAACACGGAGUUAACACUAUCUCUCAGAUUAUCCCUUUUAAAACUUUAAAAACAGAAUAUAAAGCCUAUGAAGCCAAGCUCCGCCUCCUGGGUAGCUUUGAAGUCUUUAUUACUGAUGCGAGAAUUCGACGGCAUUUGCCCUCACACAUAGGGAGGCAUUUUUAUCAGAGAAAGAAAGUUCCAGUGUCUGUGAACCUUCUGGCAAAGAAUCUGUCCAAAGAGAUUAACCGAUGUAUCACAGGGACCGUCUUAAACAUCUCUAAGCGUGGUUCUUGCAGUACGAUCCGUAUUGGUCACACUGGAAUGGAGACUGAGCACAUCGUUGACAACAUCCUAGCUGUCUCAGAAAUGCUUUCAGAAAAAUUGCCAGAGAAAUGGCAGAGUGUGAAACUGUUGUUCCUGAAAACUGAGAAGUCGGUUUCCCUGCCCAUCUUUUCUUCAUUUGUCACAUCUCAGGAUGAAAACGCUGUUUCCCUCCGUAGUUUGAGGAAGCAAGAACUAAAGAAAAGAAAGCGUGAAAAUGCAAAGUUGAAGAAGGAAAGCAAAAUGUUAAGGAAGAAGUCCAAGAAGGCUACAUCUCUUUUAACUCAGAGUGGGUUAGCUAGCAGUGCUCCAGCGAAGAGCCCAGGAGCCCAGAAGAAAAAGACCAACAAGGCGCACAAAAAGCAGAAAGUUACAGAGGAAUGUGAAGAAGCAAUUCCACAACUGGUACCAAUAGGAGAGACUCCAGAUAAAGAAAAUGUAAAGAUGCAAGAAAAUAUCACAGGGAAAACUCCAAAAUCGAAAUCUGAUCCAAGUACACCUAAGGGUAAGAAAAGGAAGGCCUUGCUGGCUACAGAGACUCCAGAAGCCUCCGCCCCUGGGACCUCAGGGAAGAAGCAAAAAAAGGAUGUUCAGGAAUUCAGAAAGCCAGAGGCCAGUUCCUUCUCUACUCCCAGGAAAUCUGGAAAGAAGGCUUCCAACACACCCAGAGACAAAAAAACCAAGGCGGCCCACUCAAACUAGAAUUAGUGCAUUGGCAUGAAGGACAUCAGAGUUAACCUAGAGCUUUUCAGAAUAGUUAGACAGGGUGUGGUGGCACACUCACACACUGUGGAAUGCAGAGAUAGGCAGAUGUAUGUGAGUUUGAGGCCAGCCUAUUUUCUACAAAAGCAUUUGGUCACCUGGGAUAAAGCAGGAUUCAGUAUUUAAAGGCCAGAUUUAAGUCCUGGGCUGAUGGUAUAACACUUUGCCAGCAUAUGCAAUAUCCUGGCUUCAGUACCCAGGACUGUCAAACAAAGCCCACCCAACAAAAGGUACUCUGCUGCUGGUUCCAUCACUGCCUUUUUAACAAGGAGUCUGGGACUUAAAUGGUUUUUGAGAAGUUUCUGUGGGUGCCUCUGAAUUUAAUAUUUCUAUUGUACAAACUAGGGGUUUGAGACAAUAAAAUAUUUUUAAAUUGUUCAGUG